UCAUUUUAAGCCUCAUUGCUUUUUUACAUUUUAGGUGAAGAUGGGGUUUAUAUUCUCAAAAUCUAUGAAUGAAAACAUGAAAAACCAACAGGAGUUUAUGCUUAUGAAUGCUCGACUCCAGCUGGAAAGACAGCUAAUGAUGCAGAAUGAAAUGAGAGAAAGGCAGAUGGCUUUGCAGAUUGCUUGGUCUCGAGAAUUCCUCAAAUAUUUUGGAACUUUUUUUGGCAUUGCAGCCAUCUCUUUAACAGCUGGAGCAAUAAGAAGGAAGAAGCCAGCCUUCCUCUUCCCUAUCAUUCCAUUAGGCUUUGUCCUCACCUACCAGUAUGACUUAGGAUAUGGAACCCUUCUCCAAAGAAUGAAAGGUCAGUUUUUGAUAAAGCAGAGUCUAUUUCUGAUUCAUCUUCUGGUUCAAGGAUCCUCUCCUUAUGGUCCCUUCAUUUAUGGGCAUUUUGACAAGACCCCUCUCUCUGAGCUUCCAGUGACCAACAUAUCUGCUCCCUCUCACAGCAGUGUGCUAGAGUCAACUCAUACCAGCUCACGUGAACUAUCAAAUUUUCAGGAAUUUGUAAGCUGGUUGUUAAAUACAGUCAUUAUUAAAAAUUUAAUUAUAUAAAUUUAUAAUUAAAUAAAUUAUAAAAAUAAUAUUAAAUUCUAUUAAAAACAAUGGUAAUAUAUACUCAACUUAUCAGUUUUUCAUUAUUUUACUAUUAUCAGUACUCCUAAGUUAUGUGUGUCUAUUUUAUGUGUAUCUACUGUAUCUGCAUGGCAGAAAUGCAGAUACAAUAUACAGACACAAUAAGAUACAGAUACAACCCUGACUUCAGUGGCAUCCCAUUGGUAGCCUGAAGUUGGUCAUGGUGGGAAUAUUUACACAUGGAAAUCUGAAAACACCAAAUCAAGGCUUGACUUACUAUUUUGUUGAUUGUCUAAGCCAGGGGUUGGCAAACUAUGGCCUGCAGGCUGGCCACAUGUGUUUGAAAAUAAAGUUUUAUUAAAACACAGACAUGCCCAUUGAUUUCUGAAUUGUCUGUGGAUAUAUUCCCAUUACCACAACAGAGCUGAGUGGCUGCAAUAGAGACAUAAGGUCCCACAAGCCUAAAAUAUUUACUGUCUGGCCCUUUUAAGAAAGCUUGCCAACAUGGUCUAGACUGAAGGAAGUGAAGAAGAAAA